UGUCAAAAUUCAAUUUUCCCUCCGACGAGCGUGUUAUCAACAAAGACCAGAGAAAUUCUCACGUUCGCGUUUCGAGCUCAGAGUCGGGUAACGCAUUCAGUAUGUGUUUCAAGUAAGUUUACCACCCUUCGCUUCAAGGAAGAGAGAGAGAGAGAAAGACUGCAAAAGGAGGCAAAAGGAAAAAUCUUAACGACGUCGUCUACGACGCGACGCCGAGAAACGCUCUUCACCUCGGCUCUUGUCCCUAGGCGGAUGACGACUCGAGGAAAGGGAACGAGUGGAAAAAGGGCGGCUCGAGAGGUCGACACGUGCCUUUUGCUCCGGAAAAUUUCACUCGAGGGAGAGCGUUCCGCGUUCGCUUCGCCGCGGGGUUUGCGGACUCGGAAAAUUAAGGGCGGCAAAAAAAAAAAGAAAAAAAGAUUGCAUAAAGGGGGGAGAAUUAUACGUACGGCACUGUCGGCGAGAGACGGGAUAAGAGAGAGGGUGGCGGCGGCUCGAGAAGGGGGUGGUGGCCCGCUCGUUCCGGCCCGUUCGGCCAGUCGUGCUGUGACGGCUGCGAUCGCGCGACGUCACCCCCGCUCACGCGUUAUCUUUCGCUUCCCUACGACUUCCGGAAAACACGGGGGGAAUUUCCAGACUUCCAAUCGUCCACGGGAGAAACGACAGAGACUCUCGCGCCCCCCGGAAGUAGCGUUCCCCGUUAAACGGAAUCGAUCGUCGAUCGAGGAAGGGUUGGGAGGGAACGGGAUUAAAAGCGAGACGUGCAAGGGUGUCUCCGGGUUACAUCGAGCCGCUUAAAACCAUCUUCUCUCUCUCUCUCUCUCUCUCUCUCUCUUUCUCUAUCUCGCAUUCGCGAAUCCAAGAGUUUUCGCAGGACUCUCGUAACAUUCGCGAGAUUCUGAGAAAUAAUUCGCGAGGAGCUUUCCCCUGUCUUUUCGACGUACGGGGUAAUAAGAAGUGCGUCUCUCUCUCUUUCUUUGUGACCGGAAAAUUCGCGAGAUUCCGUGGAACGAUCUGUCAAAUCGCGAAAAGCGUCACAAGAUCGCGGGAUUCAAAAUGAUGAAAAGAAAGUGUCGAUUCUCGUUGAUCCUCGCUUGACGUUCCAAGUAAUCGCGGAGGGCGGGAAAACGCAAUAACGAGAGACUCGAGACUUUUCACUUGCUCCGUCGUACCGGGAUUUACGAAAGGAUAAGAGAGUGGCGAUAAAAAUCUUCCCGAUUUCCAUUCGACUGGCGGGAUUUUCGGGGGCGACUCGCGGAGAAAGUAAAAGACGAAACGAACGAGAGGGAAAGUCGAAGGGAAGGACGUGCCGCGUCGAGACAGCACGAGCGAGGAUUCGUUGUUUCUCGCCCUUGUCGAAAAUCGAUCGCGCCUGAUUAACGCGCGACAUCCAAGUCGAAAACGAAACUCGUGACGAUCCGACUUCGAUUUGUGUCUUUGAAAUUUCAACGAUCGUAUCGCCGAGAGCGGCGCAUGACGCGAAACAAUCGAUAGGACGAUUCGCGACGUGGAAGGUAUACGAAAAAGAUCGAUUUGUUUACGAAAAUUGCUCUUCAAUCAAGAGUGCAAAUAAUAUACUUCAAAAUCCCGUUCUCUCUUGGAUCGCUGGACUUCGAAUGGACCGAUUAGCAUCUUGUCAUAAUGAACUUCACCGAGGAUUCUCGAGAAUUAUUUCUUCGCACGAUCCCUACGUUCGACUUCCCUGAUCCUGAGUCCACGAGUGCGGGGAAUGAAGAUCGAGAGCAGCGAAGCGAUCGCGCAACCUCGUUGUUCAACCUUCGAGACUUCGUCACUUUGAAAUUCAAAAUAAUAUUACGUCGAUACGCCGGGGCAGUCUUGACUUUAAAGCCCGACCACGACCAUCGCCACCGAGCUCGUUAAGCUCUCAUCUCGGUGAAAUUAAAUCCGUUUAACGAGUCGGAAAUUUACUAUUUGAAAAAAGACACGAAGCUGAAAGUGCGGUACGCUCGAUAAGGGCAAAGAGAAUAUCUAUAAGAGAAGAAAUCGUGUAUGUCUUAAUAGGAACAAAAAAAAAUAGCACUUAUAUAAAAAAAGAAAAAGAGGAAAAGAGUCAUUUGUUUCAAUAACGACGAAAGGAAUAUUUUAUAGAAAAAAAAAAGAAUCGUGAAUCUCUUAAUAAAAACGGAAAAAAUAACUCGUAGAGGAGGAACGAGAAAAAGAAGAAGACUCGAAAAUUCAAGGGAAUCCUAACUCGAAAAGAGAACCUGGUUCAAAGGUCCCAACACGAAGACCGACAACGACGCCGAAUGAUUGUUCCGGAACAUAAGUCUUCCGAUAUUCGCCCGCCUCGAUUCCGGAAUCGUUUAUCGGAACAACAGGCAUCCGAGGAUAAUCGCAUCGGAUGUAAAGCUUAAAGUUCCUCUUUAAGAGAAUCUUAGGGAGGAUUUGUGUACCGCGGCUCUUCUCUAACCGGCGUUUGACGAGUGAAAAACGAAGAAACUUGGCAAGAAUUCGAGAAAUAAUAUGUAUAGGACAUAAGAGGAAUUCCCGCAGAGAGGAAGCGAAAGUGAUCGUUAAAGGGAAUCGACGUUGAUUCUCCCGGGACUAUCAGCUUGCGGGAAGGGAUGCGGAAAAGUGCGUGUCACCCGAGAAAAGGUCAAAAAGCAGAAGUUCGCUGUCGGUGCGCGUAUACCCGGAAUCGAUGGCGAGGAAUCCGGCCUCUUUCCGCGGCGCGAAUCGACGAUGCGUUAAUGGACCAUCGAGGAUCCUAUCUGCAGGGAAUACGGUAAGUACAGAGUAGGGAGUACCUGUCUCGAGAAAUAAAUUUUUAGGAUUUUAAUUGCGCCAUAAUUUGGCCGUAAUCGGCGCGAGGAUUCAACUCGUUAGUAAGGAAUUAUACAGGAGAGAUUCGAUCAUUCGAUCGAUGCGAAACGUAAGAAUCCACUCUCGGGCAAAGACGAGCGAAGGAUCGAAAGCUGUUUCAUCUCCGAAAUAGGUGCUUGGUUCGAGAUAAGAGACUCACCUUGACAGAUGUAACGGGCGAGGUGGAUCGAAGAUCCUAGAUUCCGACGAAGCGAGGACUGUCAAGGGCAGCGUGACACAGGCAGACCACAGCCGGCGGUUAAGAUGCGCGAGCGCGUGCCUUGGCCGUUGCUGCUCCUGACCUUGUCGCUGCAGCGGUUAUCGACGGUGUCGUUGAUGCAAUCGAGGAUGCACAGCGAGGCGGUGCUGAUACCCGGCGACAUCGUCCUGGGAGGACUGUUCCCGGUACACGAGAAGGGCGGCGGCACCGCGUGCGGGCCCAACAUCUACCAUCGGGGCGUCCAACGUCUCGAGGCGAUGCUCUUCGCCGUCGAUCAGAUCAAUCAGCAGGAGCAGGUGCUGCCGGGCGUCACGCUGGGGGUGCACAUCCUCGAUACGUGCGGCCGUGACACGUACGCGCUCAAUCAGAGCCUGCACUUCGUCAGGGCUUCCCUGUCCAACAUCGACAUCAGCGUGCUAGAGUGCGCAGACCGGUCGACGCCCAGGGUAAAAAAAACUGCCAGCGCGGGGCCCAUCUUCGGGGUGAUCGGUGGUUCCUACAGUUCGGUAUCGCUGCAGGUGGCGAAUCUGCUCAGACUCUUUCACAUCCCUCAAAUAUCGCCGGCUUCCACGGCCAAGGCGCUCAGCGACAAGACCAGGUUCGAUUACUUCGCGAGAACGGUACCGCCGGACACCUUCCAGUCGAUCGCCCUGGUGGACGUGGUGAAGAGCGCCAACUGGUCGUACGUCUCCACCGUUUAUUCGGAGGGCAGCUACGGCGAAUACGGUAUCGAGGUGUUCACGCGCGAGGCGACGGAACGGAACGUCUGCAUUGCGGCGGCCCUCAAGGUGCCCAGCGCUGCGGAUGACAAGGUGUACGACGACAUCAUCCAACGUUUGAGCAAGAAGCCGAACGCCCGCGCGAUCGUCCUCUUUACUCGGGCGGAGGAUGCUCGCGGUAUUCUCGAAGCCGCGAAACGAUUGAACCUCAGCCAGCCGUUCCAGUGGUUGGCCAGCGACGGCUGGGGCCGACAGAGCAAAUUGGUCGAGGGCCUCGAGGAAGAGGCCGAGGGCGCCAUCACCGUCGAGCUACAAUCGGAGAACAUCCCCGACUUCGACGAGUACAUGGAGUCGCGCACCCCCUACAACAAUCGGCGAAAUCCGUGGUUCGGAGAAUACUGGGAGGAGGUAUUCAGCUGCAAGCUGGGGAGGAACACGAUGGCCAUGGAGCGUUCUGGCCAACUGGUGGGAUGGAGGGCCGCCAAUUCCGGCAAUCAGAGCAUUGCCCCGUGCUCGCCUAAACUGAGACUCACGGCGGCGAGCGGCUACGAGCAGGAAUCCAAAGUGCAAUUCGUCGUGGACGCGGUGUACGCGUUCGCCCUGGCGCUUCAUAAUCUGCGCCGCGAUCUCUGCCGGGACCGCAAGGAGGGCCUGUGCCCGUCGAUGGCCACCUACGACCGCGGAGCGUUCUAUAGGAAUUAUCUGUUGAACGUGUCCUUUAUAGACAACGCCGGCAGCGAGGUGAAAUUUGACGAGCACGGGGACGGUCUGGCGCGAUACGAGAUCCUCAAUUUUCGAAAGGGGACGAACAACAAUGGCACGAACGGCUAUCACUAUCGGGAGGUGGGCAAAUGGUACAAUUCCCUGGACAUUCGCACGGAGGAGAUGGUGUGGGCGCGAGGGACGAAGGACAUACCAAUCUCCGCGUGCUCUCUGCCCUGCGAGCCAGGUAUGAUAAAGAAGCAACAGGGUGACACUUGUUGCUGGGUGUGCGACCAGUGCGAGGCGUACGAGUUCGUCUACGACGAGUACACCUGCAAGGACUGCGGCCCGGGCUUCUGGCCGCACCUCGACAAACGAGGCUGCUACCAGCUUCCAAUCAAGCAUAUCAGGUGGAGCAGCGCCUUCGCCAUCGCCCCCGCGGUAAUAUCCUGUCUGGGAAUCGUGACGACCCUGGCGGUGGCGUGCCUGCUCUUCCAACAUCGCGACACUCCGGUAGUUCGUGCCUCCGGACGAGAACUCACCGCGAUUCUGCUGGCGGGCGUGCUCGUCUGCUACCUGAACACCUUCCUGCUACUCGCCACGCCGACUACGGCGACCUGCGUCCUGCAGCGCUUCGGCGUCGGCGUCAGCUUCAGCGCCGUGUACGGCGCUCUGCUCACCAAGACCAACAGGAUCGCCAGGAUCUUCGAUUCGGCCUCGCGGUCCGCCGUCAGACCGCGAUACAUCAGUCCGACGUCCCAAGUUUGCAUCGCGGCCGCGCUGAUCGCCUUUCAGACAGACAGAGAUGGCUUUCCCGAGGUGGUGCUCACGCUAAUCUGGAUGAUCAUCGAGCCGCCGGGCACCAGGUACUCGUACCCGGAUCGCCGCCAGGUGAUCCUCAAGUGCAACAUCCAGGACAUGAGCUUCCUGUUCUCCCAGCUGUACAACGCCCUGCUGAUCCUCGUCUCGACCGUGUACGCGGUGAAGACGCGCAGGAUACCGGAGAACUUCAACGAGAGCAAGUUCAUCGGCUUCACCAUGUACACCACGUGUAUCAUCUGGCUCGCCUUCGUGCCGAUUUACUUCGGCACCGGCAACGCCCACGAGACGCAAAUCACCACCCUCUGCGUGGCGAUCAGCCUGAGCGCCUCCGUCACUCUGGUCUGCCUCUACUCGCCCAAGGUCUACAUCAUUGUCUUCCAGCCGGAAAAGAAUAUACGCGGCAAGGUCUACAUGGGCAGCACGUUCAAGAAGCAGGGCAGCAGCGCCGGCGCAUCGUCUAUGACCAAGUACACAGGUUGCGAGUCGGCGAGCGAGAACGUACCCCUGCAGAGCGCCCUAACCGCGGCGGUGCGGACGUCUGUGGGGGUCACCGAGAUCUCGCUAACGUCCAGCACCACCAGCAAAACUAAUAACGAGCAAGUGGCGCAAUUAUAGACCUUUACACACACACACGCACACACAUACACGCACACGCGCGCACAGCCUUCGUAAUUAUGUAAAUCAUUGAACGCCGAGGCGCGUUCAGAAAGAUUAAGAUUGAUAAGAAAUUAUACAUCCCGACCCGUUGAUUCUUAAACUUUAAUUUAACUUAUUAAAGAGAUUAAUAAUUGAAUUAAAAUUUAAAAAUCGACAUUGAAGACGCUGAGCGUCUCGCGUCGCGAUUAUCAUCGUUAUCGUUCACAUCAUUCUAUAGUCAAUCGAGGAUGAGAGAGAAAUGUCGAGAUUAUUGAUCGUUACCAUGAUCGCUGUUGUCGUUAUUGUUACUGUUAUUGUGCAUAAAUUAAUACGCGCAUACACAUAGGACAUACACAUGUACGUGCAUUUAUCGAGAUCAAGCUGAUAUACCGAGUGAUCCACUAAUUCUAGUCGAGCACCUCACAAUGUAUGAUUCAAUUCUAUUGGAUUGCGCGAGAUAUAAAUGUAGUUUUUUCGUAUCUCGAUUUCACUUAUUCGUUGAUCUAUUUAUUUGUUUAUUUAUCCGAGGGAGGACGUUUAACGUUCCCUAAGAGAGCGCCUUUCGAUGAGAUAAUCGUAUAUACAGCGGACAAUAAAUAAAUGUACUUAAAGCGAAUACAUUUAUCGGACCGACUCCAGUACCGAGUGUAUUAAUCAAGAAUACUAUGUUCCCACCCGGUUGUUUCUCAACCUUCUCUUUUCGUACUUAUUUUAAUAAUCGCGACUCACGAAACUGAUCAAACGGUGUUUCGGAGAAAAUUUCAAAUAAUUAUCUAGAGACAUAGCGUUUUCGGAAAAGAAUAGAUAUAAUUUAUCGUCCCCUGAUAUAUAAGAUAAAAAUAUAAUGUUAUGUAUACAUAUAUCUACUAUAUCUUUUUCCUCUGCCUUCUUUCUAUUAAAUUAAAAAAUCCUAUAUAGAAUUUUGUUUUAAACGUUUGAUCAAUUUUGCGAGUAAUUGCAAGAGGGGCGUUAUUAUUGUAUUAUCGACGAUUAAAUCGCUCGACUCCCGCGGCUGUCGAAGCCAAAGCGACGUAUAAAAAAAAAAAAA